AUGACCGAAAAUGACUUCACGGCAUCUCCAUGGCCACUAUCUCCAACUCCUCCCUCACAGAAGUACAGAGCAGAGGUGCUAUCUAACAGCCACAUUUUGGCCAGUCCAAGAUCUGAGUCAAUUGUGACCCCAUCUGGUGUUCUCACACCUGAAGAUUUGAUCUGGGAUCCUCCAAAUCUUCAGGAGCUUGGUCCAUUGAAAUUAUUAGGUGUUUACAACCUUCCACCGCCCUUCUGGCCUGCCAGCUUAAAAGAUAAGGUGAAGAAUCUUGGCAUUAAUGAGGAUGAGACAAACAGAGCUGAAGACAGCAGCAACAUGAAGAAUCAAUCCUCCUCUGUGUCUCACAAUAUAUUUGAGGAGCUUCUUGAGGAUUUGGAUUUCUCAACACCUUUUCCUCCAGCAAAUGAGGAUAUCUUUGAAAUACUGGGCUUCCCUGUUGAUGCAUACAAUGAACAGGCCGAGACUGAUGCUGUCAUAGAGCAAGAAGAGGACAAGGACAAGCUCCCGCUCAGUCCUGAUGUCAUCACUAGCCACAACAUGGAAGCUGCAGCCUUUAAUUCUGAGGAAUGUCUGUCUUAUGUUACAGGCUCAAGAAAGAGAAAGAGGGCCAUUUUCUUUGACAAUGACCCCUCUUCUGCUGCUGACCAAAGUUCUGCCAUGUUUGAUGAUUCAGAGCUUUUUGAGCCUCCACAUGCUAAGCCUCAGCUGGGACUCUAAGGAAUAUGUUGUAGACUUUUUCACACAUUUUUAUAGUGCUAUAUUCUCAGAUGAAAGCAUUGUUUCUUACAAUUAAAGCAUUUGCAAACUGAAAGUCUGAAAUGUUUCUCUGUAUUGUCUGUGGUCAUCUGGGGAUUUUCAGUCAAAAAUGUCAUAUAUACUUUGAGCUAGUUGAAUCCCUGAAAGCGGCGAUCCAUACAUUUUCAUUAUCAUGCACUUGAACAAGAAAGUUAAUGCAAAUUGCCAUUCACAACCCAUUUUACUUCCAUAAUGUGAGACUGAUUUAGUAUAUCAGAGAAAUAGACUGGAUUGUGAAAUCAUAUGAACCUAACAUGGUUGCCACAAUGAGGGAUCACGUUCCAUGUAGAACAAACUUAUUCUAUACCACUGA